CAACAAAAUCUAGGAGAGACGACGUCGUUAAUUAUUACGGCGAGAGGGAGAAAUUGGGGUUUCACGGUUCCAUUACUCCUAAUUCCAAAUUCCAGCUCUUUCCCUGUGAAGCUUAAAAUUUUGAUUCCAUUAAUCAAGUUUUUCUGUAAUUGAGUUUUAAUGGCGGCUAACGACAACGUUGCUGGAGUCGAUAACACUUUCAGGAGAAAAUUCGACAGAGAAGAGUAUUUAGAACGAGCUCGCGAGCGUGAAAAACAAGAGUCGGAUGGCCGAGUUAAAUCGAAAUCAAAGGGUCCUCCAGUGCAGAGGAAGCCUUUGAAGCAUAGGGACUAUAUAGUGGACCUUGAAUCUCGAUUGGGUAAAACUCAAGUUGUUACUCCAAUAGCUCCAUUAAGCCAACAGGCUGGAUAUUACUGUUCUGUUUGCGAGUGUGUAGUAAAGGAUUCUGCCAACUACUUGGAUCAUAUCAAUGGAAAGAAACAUCAAAGAGCUUUGGGUAUGUCAAUGCGGGUUGAACGAGCAUCUCUUGAUCAGGUACGGGAGCGUUUUGAAAUCCUCAAGAAGCGGAAAGACCCUAGCAGCUUCACAGAGCAAGAUCUUGAUGCCCGAAUCAGCAAACAGCAGGAAGAAGAGGAGGAACGGAAGCGUCAACGCCGAGAAAGAAAGAAAGAGAAGAAGAAAGAGAAAGAAGUAGAAGAGGAAACUGAAAUUGAUCCUGACAUUGCAGCUAUGAUGGGAUUCGGCAGUUUUCAUGCGUCGAAAAAGUGAGACAAAUGCUUGAACUUUCCUUUGAUAUUAUAGGAGUGAGUUUCAUUCACCCAUGUAAUAGUCUUUUUAAUGACUUACAAUGGUGUAAAAGAAUAUAGCUCUCUGACCUUCUGCAAGUUGUAACUUUUCAUAUCCGAAGAGUGUGUACUAUUGUGGGUGCAGUUUAACAUGAUCCCAAUUUUUAGUUGCCAAAACUGUA